AUGUUUCUCAUCCUGUCCCUCGUCUUCCUCGGCGGCUACGUCCACUACCUGUGGAAAGCAGAGGCCGCUCUCGGUGUCCCCUGGGUGCCCGACCCGGAGGCCCAGCUGUUCCAGCAGCGGCCCCUCUUACCUCCGGCCCAGGAGACCAGCAUGGACACGUACUCGCUGCCGCUGCACACAAAGGGCCGGGAUAUUGUCGACGAGGAGGGACGUCGCUUCAAGCUCCUAUCCGUCAAUUGGUAUGGCGCCAGCGACGAGCUCAACAUCCCCGGCGGACUCGACGUUCAGCACCGCGACGUUAUUGCACAAACCAUUCGCGGGCUGGGCUUCAACAGCGUCCGCCUGCCCUACAGCGACGAGAUGGUCAUCACCGAUCCCCCGAUCCCGGCCGAGCUGGUCGCCGCCAACCCGGACCUGAUUGGCCUCAAGGCCCUCGACAUCUUCGAGGCGUGCGUGACGGCACUGACGGACGCGGGCAUCGCCGUCAUCGUCAACAACCACAUCACGCACUCGACCUGGUGCUGCGGCGCCGACCCCUGCGACGCCCACUGGGCCAACGACCACCUCGGCCCGCUGUGCCGCAUCAAGCAGACCGAGGAGGACUGGAUCCAGCACUGGGAGAAGAUUAUGCUCCGCCUCGUUGACAACCCGGGCGUCAUCGGCGUCGACCUGCGGAACGAGGUGCGCGGCGUGUGGGGCACAAUGACCUGGGACAAGUGGGCCACGGCGGCCGAGAAGGCCGGCAACAGGCUGCUGGAGAUGAACAAGGACUGGCUCGUCAUCGUCGGCGGCACCGAGUCCGGCAACGACCUCACCGGCGUCGCGAAGCGGCCCGUCGUGCUUGACGUGCCCGACCGCGUCGUCUACUCGGCCCACGUAUACGCCUGGUCCGGCUGGGGCAGCCUCGAGGGCCGGUACUCGAAGCGGGCAUACGCAUCCUUUGUGAAAGCCAUGCGGCACAACUGGGCCUAUCUCGUCGAGGGCGACGUCGCGCCCGUGUGGGUAGGCGAGUUUGGCGCUCCGCACCAGCCCAGCAUCGGCGACGCGAAUUACUGGAACAACCUGCUGCGCUAUCUCAAGGUCAUUGACGCCGACUUUGGGUACUGGGCCGUUAACCCGCGCAAGCCAAAGGAUAACGUCAAGGAGACGUAUGCGCUCGUCGAGGACGACUGGGUCACGCCCGUGCUGGAUUACCGGAUGAAGGACAUGGUUGAGAUUAUGAGGGCGUAG